GAACUUCAACAUGAAAGCUUACACAACUCACCGUUUUGUCAAAGACCGUCUGAUACGUAGUUGUCGAGCCAGCAACCAAACGUUCCUACCCUUUCAGUGCUUACCUCACUAAAAGCAAGCGCUAUUACGGGGCACUUACCACUAAAAUGCACGUUCCCAGCAAAACAAACCAUGAGCUUCCGUACCAAACGGAAGGAAAGUGCGGCCCCAAAAAAAAGGAGGCAGUGGUCCAAGCGUCAUAGGUACCUCGCCCGCAAAGAUAACGUGCGAAGUGACCUCGACCCCUCCCAUCAGCACACCGUCAUCAAACUCUACCGUUCCCUCUCUAGCCAUUCAUUGACUCUCCCUUGCCAAAAACUCCGGGCAGCAGCAGAGAAAAAUCUUUACGCGCCAAAACAAACCCCAACGUCACCCCAUCGAGCCCGACCACGCUGCCAUCGAAAAAGACUACAACAGCACCUUUUCCAUUAAUUCUUUGUCCAAAAUCAACUUAGAAGUACUCGUUUUAUGACUUGAUCGCUUUUUUUCGCGGUUUUUCCGCCGCCUGACCGCCUCUCUCUCCCACCUCCCUCCAACCCCCUGGCAUCAUGUCAUCACGCAAAGUCCGCGUCAAGAAGUUGAACGUCAAGACGACGCUUCCAGUUCUUCGCGAAGACCAGAUCGAUCCGAGCGAGUAUGAAGCUUUAACGACCGAUAAUCAAAUCGCGACCGGUGUCGAGCAGGCCGAGGAAAACGUGAGUCAUCUCUUUGUUCUGCCACAUAUCAUGAUAUCACGUGUUUGUUCACGUGAUAUGUUUCCUCACCCCAUCCCUGGCUUGCUGUGAUUGGAUGGUACUAUCAUCCAACAACAAGCAGUCCAUUUCCUAGCCUCGACCUCAUACUAACAUUCUCAAUAGGAAUACCAUCUUCAAACCAUCCUCAAGGAGGCAGGAACCAGCAAUGAUCAAGAAAUUCCUGUUCCGCCUCCCCAGGAGAGCGACAUCAACUAUGAUGAGCUCUAUCCUGUCCCUUUUCACAAACCCUCCUCUUACAUCCGUUUUUCACAAACAGUUGAAGAGUGUAUAUCAUGUCUCUAUGACAUGACCACCGAGGACGAUGAGUUUCUCAAACAGUAUAAUAGUAAACCACCCGCUGCCGGUGCACUUUCUGAGGAUGACUUUGAACGCAUCAUGGAGGUGUUCGAAGACACGGCAGCGGAGCAGACACCAUUUGCAGCAGUCGAUAAUACCGUUGCCGCCUAUGACAUGAUGGUACCUGCACUUCACGAACUUGGGUCGCCGGCUAUCCUUCAACACGCUAAGCCAGUAUACGAAUACUGGAAGUCAAGGCGACAGGAGGCUGGCAAUAAGCCAUUGCAUCCCACUCUCAAGUUUGAGACUCAUCAGGAGACUGAUGACACGGAUCCCUUCGUCUGUUUCAGACGACGCGAGGCACGCCAGACUCGAAAGACCAGAGCUCGUGACAACAAAAUCGCAGAAACACUCAAGAAGUUGCGACGAGAACUUGAGGAUGGCCGGCAAUUGGUACUUGUCGCAUAUGAACGUGAAAUGUUGAAGCGAGAACUCAUGUCGAUGGACCGUGCUCUGUUUGAAGAAAGGGCAAGACUCAAGGAAACCAAACUUCGUCUGGGCAUCAAAGGCGAGGACGAGGAUCUCGUCAAUCAAAAGCCUCAGAAACGCAAGCCUGCAGAGCCCCCAGUUAUCCGACAGCCAACCGGUGCCCACUUGCGGCAACCUGUACGGUCUGAUGGAAGAACGCUUGAUGCCGAUCUUGUCUUGUUGUCAGACAAGCUGGCAGAGAAGGAGAAUGAACUUCGACUUGACAUAGAAAUGAAGGUCCAGAAUCACCGGAAGUGGAACCAUAACCAUAUUGACCUAACUGGGGAGCCGCUCUCGCCAGUCAAGGAACAGGGCACAGAAGUCAAGUUCCGACAAGCUAAGACGCAGUACUUGAUGACACCCCCGGCUUCCACGUCGUCAGAAAUGGAAGUGGACACACACAUACCUGAUGCCACGCAAGUGGACAAACGUGAGACACCUGUCUUCCAGUUUUCUGCUGGAUCAAAUGAGCCUUCCAAGGGUAGCCAACCUUCGUUCCGUCGACGCAUUGGUCGACUGAAUCGAUUGUGGAUUGAUCGAAGAGGUAUGGUGACGCCACCGCCGGAACAUGGUGAGAUGUCGGAUCGGUGGAGGUACGACUCGGAUUCAGAUGACGAUGAGCCGCCUGUGUAUGAGGUUGAUCCCUUUGAUACCCGAGCAUUGAAGUUCCGGGCAACGAUUCCGUUGAAUCCAUACAUGUUUAGAGGACGCCCAGCAGUACCACCAGAUGCUGUGGUAGCAGCCCAAGCACAAGCAGGUAACAGAGUACUGCCAUCGCCAGCAGCAGCACAAGCGGCGGCGCAUGCGCAUGCUCAAGCCCAUGCUCAAGCGGCAGCACAAGCACAUCUGGCGAUGAAAGCGCAAGCUAAAGCGGCGGCGGUUGCACAAGCACAAGCUCAAGCAGCCCAGACGGUACCGUAAGCGUACCGCGGGUAGUGAAUUGUAUGAAUAUGGCGGAUGUUUGUUUUAUACCCCAGAAAUAUUGGCAGAACGGACGGCGGACUGCUGGGCAAAGUCGAUGAGCCCUCGGCAGACAGAGGGGGGAUCGUGUAUUAUUUAGUCGUUGACCAGGGCAUUGCAAGGAGUUUCGGAGCGGGUGGUGGUUAUUCGGGUUUUGAAGUGAAAGAACAUUCUGCGGCCCAGGUCGAGAUAAAAUGAAAAAAAGAACAACGGUCAGCUUUUAGACCAAAAUGAUGAUGCUGCCUCUUCCCAGCUGUCGUGAAUCGUAUGUCUUGGCUGUAACCGGAGAGAUCGUCGUUGCGUUGUAAGGUGAUCAUGCGCUGUCUUGUUGGAGGCUGAGGGGAAGCUCUGUAGUAUCGGGAUCUGAUAUACCGUCAACAGCGAGUGCAAACUUGACGAUAUAAUCGUAAUGGCAAGCCCUUCAGAAGAAAUAAAGAGAGUGUACAGUCGUGUUGACUGUGUCGUAGAAGAGGAGAUGUUGCAUGAUCAUGGUGCCGUGCUGUAAAAGGUGACCAAGCUUAGACGAGAGGACAAGCUGAUACGGAUGUCAUAUUAGCAGGGGCCACGUAAAGUAUAAGCGAGAAAGAAACUCGAAACAAAGAGCAAUAUACCUGCCAGUGCCACGGGGAGAAGCGUAUGCCCCCUGGGAUAGUGAUUUAAUGGUAUGGGGCAGUGGGAAAAGCUGUCGAGUGCGAAAUGCGAGUGAUAGAGGAGGCUUUAGAGUG